AGAGAGUUCGAGUUUGUAUCUGACAAAUCAGUGAAGUAAUGGGGUUUCAAGGCUAUUUUCUCUUCCUUGGCCUUAUAGUCCUCACUUCCUCACUCAGCAGUAGUGAGGCUCAUCCUGCUAGGACUUAUGCUAGGGUUUCUGUAGACCCUAGUGCUAAACCUUUAACACCUAGUUAUGGCAUUGCUACGCUCAAUCGUACGAGUUUUCCGAAGGGCUUUGUUUUUGGGACAGCUUCAUCUGCUUAUCAGAUUGAAGGUGGAUGGAAUGCAGAUGGUAAAGGGCCAAGUAUAUGGGAUACUUUCACUCACAAGUAUCCUGAGAAGAUAGCCGAUCGUAGCAACGGAGAUGUGGCAUGUGAUUCCUACCAUAAAUACAAGGAAGAUGUUGCCCUCAUAAAGAACAUGAAUAUGGAUGCAUACAGAUUCUCUAUUUCAUGGGCGAGAGUCUUACCACGUGGAAAAGUAAGCAGAGGUGUGAAUGAGGAAGGAAUUAAGUACUACAACAACCUUAUAAAUGAGCUCCUAUCCAAAGGCUUGCAGCCCUUUGUGACUCUCUUCCAUUUUGAUUCUCCCCAAGCCUUAGAAGAUGAGUAUGGUGGUUUCCUAAGUCGGCGGAUUGUCUAUGAUUUCCGCGAUUACGCGGAGCUUUGCUAUAAGAGAUUUGGCGAUCGGGUGAAACAUUGGAUCACAUUCAACGAACCAUCGAGCUUCAACAAAUUUGGGUACGAUUAUGGUACUUUUGCACCAGGUCGAUGUUCCCCUUGGAGAAACCCAAAUUGCACAGGUGGGGACUCAAGCACCGAACCAUAUAUUGGUGAACACAACCAACUUCUUGCGCAUGCUUUAGCCGUGAAAUUGUAUAGGGAGAAAUACCAGAAAUUGCAAAAAGGUAAUAUUGGAGUUACACUAUCAAGUUAUUGGUACGUGCCAUACUCUAAUUCGACAGCCGACUACCGUGCUGCACGUCGGUCACUGGACUUCGCACUUGGAUGGUAUUUGGAACCAUUAACAAGUGGUGACUAUCCACGUAACAUGCGAUCAAUUGUUGGAAAACGCCUGCCAAAGUUCUCAACAAUAGAAUCAAAAAUGCUAAAGGGGUCAUGCGAUUUUAUUGGCUUGAACUACUACACUUCUACUUAUGUAGCCAAUAACCCUAGUCCAAAUACUGUUAACUUAAGUUACAGCACAGAUAGUCAUGCAAUUCUUACAUUUGAGAGAGAUGGACAACUUAUUGGUGCUCAGGCUGGUUCAGUAUGGCUCCAUGUUUAUCCAAGAGGCAUAAGGGAUCUUCUCGUGUAUGUAAAGAGAAAAUACAAUAAUCCAAUUAUCUACAUCACGGAAAAUGGGAUUGAUGAGCUCAACAAUGCAACAUUAUCGCUUAAGGAAUCCAUCACGGAUAACUUCAGGAUACGAUUCUUUUAUCAACAUCUGACUUAUGUUCGAAUAGCUAUCGAGGAAGGUGUCAAUGUGAUGGCAUACUUUGCAUGGUCAAUGUUGGACAAUUUUGAAUGGGCCACUGGUUACAAUGUUCGUUUUGGAUUAACCUUUGUUGAUUAUCAAAAUGGGCAGAAGAGAUAUCCAAAACACUCCGCAGAAUGGGUCAAAGUUUUCCUCAAGAAAUAAUCACAAAUAAUGGAUGAGAAAUCAUUCUGCUCCAAGUCUUCUACCACAUUUGUCGUUCCUAAUGAAUGUUUACCUCAUGUUUUUAAGACAGGUGUCUUUUCGGCCAUAAUCUAGAAUGUGAUGUCAUUUUUAGUUUGUUAACAAUGUUUUUUAGAGGCUACCGUAUAAGAUUUACUGUGUGUGGCCUUUGACUGCAUUGAGUUUUAUUGUUCUUAAAAUAUGAAUUUUUUGUAAGUUUAGUUCUCAUUAUAUUAAUUUUGUCAAUUUAGUUCUUAAAAUAUUUAAUUCGUGUCAUUUUGAUCCCUGCAUUGACAGACAAUUAAGUUUUUUACGGAAGAAUUAUGUAAUUAGCACGUCAUACAGUCUUAAAAAAUGAAAUGUGGUCACUUCUGUCAAAAAACUUGACAGAUUAUUUAAUUAGUAACAAAAAUGACACGAAUUGAAUACUCUAUGACCUAAAUUGAUAAAGUUGAUACAAUGAAGACUAAACCGAUAAAAAAUGCAUAUUUUAGAGAUCAAAAAUGAUAUUAACCCUUUUGUAUUAUCCAUUCUAUCCCCACAUUACUCCUUCAGUACAUGAGUUAGCAACAUCAAUAUGCAUACCUUUGUAUUGUAAAUUUUUACUAAUAGAGUUAACCGCGAAUAAUAUAUCAUAUUAAAUAGUCA